GAACCCCGGCGGCCCAGCGGAGCGAAGCGCGGCCAGCAGCAGCCGAUCCAACAAGUGCUCAGCCGAGGAGGAAAACGGGGAAAGAGACGCGAUGGAGCACUCCAAGCAGACGCAGCACAGCUCCAACGAGAAGAAGGACGCCGGGGACAGCGGCUCCGUGCUCAACGGACACUUCGGCGGGAUGGCGAAGCGCGCCGCGGCUCCCCAGGCUCCGGGCGCGGAGUCCGGCUCGCACCGAGCGGCCACCUCGGUGAUGGAGAGCUGGAAGGAGGAGCGCACCAGGAGCGUGGAGGACAACGAGAUGAGCCUGCCGUCCCUGGCCGCAGCCUACAGCACCAUCCUGCGGGGGCUCGGGGAGGACCCGCAGCGGCAGGGGCUCCUCAAGACCCCCUGGAGGGCCGCCACCGCCAUGCAGUUCUUCACCAAGGGCUACCAGGAGAAAAUCAUAGUGCCAGGCUUUUCAAGGCCUUUCGGUGUCCUCGGUGUCCUCCGAAAUGCGGUGGAGCAGAAGUGUGAAACGGCAAAGACGCUCAAAGUUCUCAAAGCCAAGUACUUGCUUGUCCUGAAGUACGGCACUGGCGUGAAUGUACUUAGUCCCUUUCCACCACCACUGCAUUUGAACUGCAGAUCAGUCCGUAAGAUUCGUCUGCGCCGUUCCCCCGGGCUCCUGUUUGAUCCAGCCAAACCGGCCGGCUCUGGUGUGCCAGAGUCGCUCCCUGGGAGCAGGCAGCGAGAGGUAAAAAGCACCUGGAUGUGGCUUGAUACUCCGUGUCGGGUCCACAAGGGGCCGGCUUCUCCACGCUACGGCGCGUUGGAGUGGCUGGAGUUGGGGAUCUGCCUCCAGAACUGCAUCUGGAGAACUCUGAAGGUUCACAUCGGUUACCUACCCAACAAGAGAGUCCUGGGCCUCAGCAAGCUGGCCAGGAUUGUUGAAAUCUACAGCCGCCGACUGCAGGUUCAGGAGAGGUUGACCAAACAGAUUGCUGUGGCGAUCACUGAGGCCCUGCAGCCCACCGGGGUCGGGGUCGUCAUCGAGGCAACUCACAUGUGUAUGGUGAUGCGAGGCGUUCAGAAGAUGAACAGUAAAACCGUCACCAGCACCAUGUUGGGGGUUUUCAGGGAAGAUCCAAAGACCCGCGAUGAGUUUCUGACGCUGAUCAGGAGCUGAGGAGGAUGAAGCUCGUCCACCUCCUCCACCUCAUCCUGCUCCUCCUGCUGCCUGGGGUUACCUCCACCUGCACGGACCAGCCGUCGUGCUAAAUGUGUGUGUGUGUGUGUGUGAGAGAGCGCGUGAACGUGUGUUUCCAUCUCACCAGAGGCAGUGACAGUGUUUACUGUGUUUUCGGUCAUUUUAAUGGUCAAACGAGGUGAAGCGUUACCUCUGUGAUUUCCGUACGGGCGGAGUUUGUCAGAUGCCGUUGACUGACAUGUUGUUUGCUUUUAGACGACGGGGCAGACUUUACCCCUUGUACUUGUUGUGUGUGCUUGUUAAUCAAAUAUCAGUCACUGGCCUCAAACGCAGAGUGCGAGUUUACAGAAAAAAAAAAAAAAAAACCCACCCAGACAAAAAUAAUCACUGGUCCCGGCCUAUACAACUGCAUGCAAAAGUUUUUCCACUCUCGCUGUCAAAUGACACAUUUUGUUGCGGCAAACGGUCACUGAACACGAGCCUUUCUCCAAAUGUCAAUGCACACGAACUUAAAGUGGCAACAGAACAAAUUUCUGAUCAGCACCACUUUGGAAAUGAGAGCGAAGAAAGAAGCGUGUUCUCCGAAGAGUUAACAGCGAACGUGUCGUAUUUCUACGCGGAGUAGCAACAGGGCUCCUGUUCUACCCGGGGACAACGGAAGCGCUGUCCUCUCUCUGUUUCGGUUGGGCGACGGAAGGCGUAAACCGAGCCUUCGCUUCCCCGGGAGAUUUCGUACCCGGCGGCCGACGGAAUUGCACAGUGAAGGCGAGGCCGCCCAGGGAGCCGAUCUGAACGCCCGACGGUGUCGCCAUUCCACAGCCAUUACAUUGUGCAGUCAACAUUUACGUCGUGAUGAUAAGUCAAAGCACAAAAACGUGUCUGUUGCCACUUUAAGAUAAGCGAAAAACAAUGAACGCUAAUUGUGGCGUGUACUUAGUAACAUCUGAAGAAACACUGGUCUGUUUGCUGCAGGCGUUUCAUUUACUUCGUUUCGCUUCAAAAAUCAACAAAAUAUCUCAUCUGCUCAGGGUUUGGCCAAACAUUUGCAUACAACUAUGUACAAACGUCUACUAAAUGCCUGGGGACACGCUUUUUUUUUUUU